UGCUUGGACGUGAGCCUCUUCUGAAUCAGGUCAAAGCAGAGCACAGGCAUGGGAACAAGUGCUCUCAGCAAGAAGCCAUGGUGGACCCUGCCUGAAAACUUUCAUGCUCCAAUGGUGUUCCACAUGGAAGAGGACCAGGAGGAGCUCAUCUUUGGGCACGGUGACACAUACCUUCGCUGCAUUGAGGUGCACAGCCACACCCUUAUUCAGCUGGAGAGUUGGUUCACAGCUAAAGGCCAGACUCGUGUGACUGUAGUCGGACCACACAGGGCAAGGCAGUGGCUGCUGCACAUGUUCUGUUGUGUGGGGAGCCAGGACUCCUAUCGUCAUGAUCAAGGCCUCGAGAUGCUGGAGCGUGUCCGGAGCCAGCCCCUGACCAACCAUGACCUGGUCGCCUCCAUUAGCGUGCCACCAUACACUGGAGAUCUGUCUUUCGCCUCCAGGAUAAGUGGAACCAUCUGUCUUAGCGUUCCUCAGCCUUCCGCUUACCAAGUGAUUGGUUGUUCGGGAUUCCAUUUGAGUUCACUCUAUUUGUAAUUAAGGACUGAUCUCCCCUGGAAAAGUGGGGAUGAAAGGAGAAGUCUUGGCUUUGCUUUUGGUGAGAAAGACAUGAAAGACACUGAAGAAAGUUUGAAUUUGUGGCCGGGACCUGUCCCUCUCGGAUCUUGUAGACAUGUGUCUGAAGGAAGUCUCCUGAAUGUAAGAAAGUGUUAUUGCAAAGCAAUCCAAUAAUAAGCUACCUAUGAUGCAAAGCCUUCGAUGUGCUGUUCUCUUUCCUUAGGAUGAAUUUAUUCAGCCCUGAAGGGGAUUCUCUGGACAAGUGCUGAGGUCUGGGGAGGCCCAGCCCAGGGAAGGAGCCGGGUACAAAAGUUGGCACUUUCAGGAACUGCUCCUUUCAGGUCUGGAGCCUGGUUAGGCUGCUCUGAGUUGAGUGAAAAUGGGGGCUUCUGAAAAGGGACCCUCCUAGGAUCCCCAGGGUUUUCCGGGACCUUGAAGUGCACACAAAUGGGGAGAAUGGAAAGGUGGGAGGAAGGGUCCAGAUGGAGAUUCUGAAGUCCCUCAAGCUGUGAAUUAAUCCAUUCCAGAACACUCUCCGAAUGCCAAAUCUACAUUUGGAUCUCUCUAGCCAAGAUUACGGCAAGCUAAACCUGUCCUCAGUUGAACUCUCCCACUCAAAUUUCUUCUUCUCCAGCAGUCUGUAUAUCUCAUAAUGAGG